AUGACCUUCUCCGUCCUCCGAGCCGGUGUAGUCUUUGCCGCUGCGGUCCAAGUUGCCGCAGACCCGUCCCUAACAGUACGCACGGAGACUGGGAUUUUCACUGGUCUGCAGAAUAACGACUUCACUGGAGUACGCGAAUUCCGCAAUAUCCCUUUCGCUCAGCCUCCGGUAGGCUCGCUUCGCUUCCAACCACCCCAGCGGCUACCCCCAUCGAACCAGCAUCGCUACUCGACACGCUUCCCCCCCUCCUGCCCUCAGUUUAUCUCCAGCGGGGAAAGCUUCUGGAAUCUCUUCGUGCCCUAUCUAUUACCACCGAAUGGAAACCAAAACCACUCUAGCGGCUUGAGUCUCCAAACAGCAUCGGAAGACUGCUUAAGCCUCGCUAUCUGGACCCCAUAUGAUGCUCCUGCCAACGCUAAGCUCCCUGUUGCGUUUUUCAUGACCGGGGGUGGUUUCCAAUCCAAUGGAGUGGAUGUUCCUGGCCAGAUCCCAGCUCCCUGGGUGAAUCGUUCCCAGGAACAUAUCGUCGUGACUAUCAAUUACCGCCUCAAUAUCUUUGGCUUUCCAAAUGCGAGGGCGCUUGAUAGCCCUAACCUUGCUAUCCUGGAUCAACGUCUAGCUCUUGAAUGGGUACAUGAGAAUAUCGCUGCCUUUGGCGGUGAUCCUGAGUCGAUUAUGAUGUGGGGACAGUCGGCUGGUGCGAUGAGCACCGAUAUUCACAACUACGCCUUCUGGGAGAACCCAAUUGUACACGGAAGCUUCUCACAGUCGGGCACAGCCCUUGCACCGGUUUUUUCAUCUGAUUUCUCGCACUCGAGUUUUACCACUGUGGCCAAGAAUCUGGGCUGCGAUUUUCCGGACAAUCCGACUGCCGAGCUCGAGUGUAUGCAGCAGGUUCCAGUGGACCUGAUAGAGAAUUUUAUCGGUCAGUACGACGGCCCUGCAAGCCUGAGUUUCGAACCGAUUCCGGACGAGAAAGUGGUGUUCUCCGACUACCCAGCUCGCGCCGCGGCUGGCAAGAUUUCGCCCCGCCCGGCUAUUUUCUCAGACGCCGCGAAUGAAUACGCUUCUCUAUACACUUGGCCGUCCAGCAAUGCCAGCGCAGGGCCGUUCCAGCCCUUUGUCGAUGCUGAAACUCUCGGGGCAUUUAUCUGCCCUAAUGCGAAGACCAGCAUUCUCCGCAAAAAUGCUAAUGUGACGACCUAUCGCUACCAGUUCGCGGGAGUGUGGCCCAACCAGAACCCGUACUCGUGGCUGGGGGCGUAUCAUUCCUCGGAUCUGAUGAUGAACUUUGGGACCUACUUCUAUGACCGGACCAACUCUACUACGGGGCCGACUGCGCUAGAGAUCAAGACCAGUGAGGCCAUGCAGGAUCAUAUUUUGGCAUUCAUGAAGGACCCGGAGGAUGGACCUCCCGCUAUCGGGUGGAAUCCUUAUACGUAUGGCGGUAGCGUGCUUCGCUUUGGUGCCAAUGGGGUCCCCGUGCAGAACGCCAGCGGGUAUGCCAUCGACGGGCCGUGCUAUGGCGAGGGCACCUAUGAUCCUUUUCCUUAA